CCCCACUUUGCACUUUCUGUGCUACGACCGUCAUCUUCCCCGCUCUCCUUCUUUUCUCCGCGCCGGCAGCAGAUGCAGGAUGCCGCCAACGUCCCCAAGCAGCUCUCGGAGGCUCGUGGGCCAGCCACUCCUCUAUGCCAUCUCGAUAUUUGCUAGUUUGGGGGUCUUCCUCUUUGGAUACGACCAGGGCGUUAUGUCGGGCGUGAUCACCGGGCCUUACUUCCGGAAGUACUUCAACGACCCCACGGCGAUAGAGGUCGGGACCAUGGUCGCUGUCCUGGAAGUCGGGGCAUUCGCUACUUCGCUCGCGGCCGGUCGCAUCGGAGACGGUAUUGGCAGGCGCGGGACGCUCUUCAGCGGCGCCGUCAUUUUUGCCAUUGGAGGCGCUAUCCAGACGUUCACUACCGGAUUCUGGGUUAUGGUCUUCGGUCGAAUCAUCUCUGGUCUUGGUGUAGGCUUGUUAUCGACCAUUGUGCCUAUCUACCAAAGUGAAAUUUCCCCGCCAGACCAUCGCGGUGCACUGGCGUGUAUGGAAUUCACGGGCAACAUCUUUGGUUAUGCCUCAUCGGUGUGGAUCGACUACUUCUGCUCCUUCAUUGAAUCCGACCUGUCCUGGCGUAUCCCGCUGUUCAUCCAAGUUGUCAUUGGUGCUAUCCUCGCACUCGGUUCCCUCGUAAUGCCAGAAAGUCCUCGAUGGCUCAUAGACGUAGACAGAGAUGCGGAAGGCAUGACAGUGAUUGCUGAUUUGCAUGGUGGCGACCCAGAAGACCUUGUGGCGAAAGCUGAGUUUCAAGAAAUUAAAGACAGAGUCAUUUACGAGCGUGAAUCGGGCGAAGGCCGGACGUACGCUGUGAUGUGGAAACGAUACAAGAAGCGAGUGCUGCUCGCUAUGUCUUCUCAGGCCUUCGCACAAUUGAAUGGUAUCAAUGUCAUCUCAUACUACGCGCCGAGAGUAUUCGAAGAGGCGGGGUGGGUUGGCCGCGACGCUAUCCUGAUGACUGGUAUCAACGCAAUUAUCUACAUCUUGAGCACGCUUCCACCAUGGUACUUGGUCGACCGCUGGGGUCGCCGAUUCAUCUUGCUCACAGGCGCUGUUGUGAUGGCUCUCUCGCUUGGAAUGACCGGAUGGUGGAUGUAUAUUGACGUCCCAGAGACUCCCAAAGCCGUCGUAUUCUGUGUCAUCGUGUUUAACGCAGCGUUCGGGUACAGCUGGGGACCCAUUCCGUGGCUUUACCCUCCGGAGAUCCUGCCGCUCACUGUGCGCGCCAAGGGCGUGUCCUUGUCCACUGCUACGAACUGGGCAUUCAAUUUCCUUGUAGGAGAGAUGACUCCGAUAUUGCAGGAAACGAUCGAGUGGCGGUUGUACCCGAUGCACGGAUUCUUCUGUGUCUGCAGUUUCAUUCUUGUCUACUUCCUGUAUCCCGAGACGAAGGGCGUCCCGUUGGAGGAGAUGGACGCCGUGUUUGGCGAAGAGGAGCUAGAAGAGCGUCUAGAGGAAGAAGAAUCGGAACGAGCAUCGCUCGUAUCCCGUCGAUCCAGCCGUUCGCGCCGCAGUGCCCGCAUACCACACGCGUCCGGACAAGGGCUGGUCAGCCGCUUGCUCGGCCGCAACGACGGGCGAGCAAGCUACGAACCUAUUCGCGACGGCGACGAAUAGGAAAUGUCGAGGAUGGACAGCAGUGCAGUCGAGGAGUAUUCAGACGCCGUCCCCCGUCGGCCGUCGCCCGCCCACCAGGGCGUGGACGUCGAAUGACAGGCGGACGCGUGCACGCACCUCCCAGCGCGGAGCGGAACAGGUUGAUUACCAAGUGGUCGCCGUUGGUAGUUUGACUGUGCCUCCUUGAUCGCCGUUGCUCAUCCUCACAGUCUAGUAGCUAGCCUACUUUAUCAGCCCACACCCUACUAAUCCCUGCGUCCUGCAUAAGCAUACCCCUCGCUGCAUUGUACCACGUACUGUUACAUCGCUCUCUCAUCUGCAAUUUGUUUCUAUCAAUAUUUGUUCUGCC